CCACUGGUCCACUGUGGACACGCCCCGACUCACUGAGCUCAUCAUCAGCUUUACUCGCACAUGACGUCACUUCCUUCAGACGUGUUUGUGGGACAGGUGUAAUUUGCUUCCUGUCCUGAGGGGGGCGGUGAAGAAGAAAUACCGGAAGAAGAGGAAACAGAAGAAGAAGAAACCGAAAAAAGACGAGGGAACAGAAGAAGAGAAGUCCGAACAACAAGGAGAAAACAGACGAAAUGCAUCAGUGGGAUCUGUCUCUGUUCUCAGUUACUCCAGCUGCCAGUCUGUUGUCCAGAUGUGUCUCGAGAGGAGCUGUGUGUCAGGAGGAAAUAGACUCCGUCUCCUCAAAGCGAAGCCCCGCCUUCUCCUCUCACCUGCAAGAGGCCGAGCAGCGAAUCAGAGCAGUCAAACAGCUGGAUGAGCUGCACUUGGAGGCGGAGCUUCUGCAGGUAGUGAAGGAGAGUGCUGAUGUCACACACUCACGUUCCCUUGCUGGCAGGUUCCAGAUGUUGCAGAUGUUGAGUGAUCACCUGCAGCAGCUGCUGAAGGAGCUGAACAGUCUGAGACAGAGACUGACGACACCGCCGGGUCACACCCACCUGCCCGUUCACGCUCACCUGCACAGGUGUGUGCUGGAGGUUGUGAAGAUGUCUCUGGACUUCAUGGAGACUCUGGAGGAGAAGCUGGACUCGGUCCACAGCUGCAGCUCCACCACAGACCGACUGUCUCAGCUGAGUUCCUCUCUCGCCCAGCUGCUGGUUCAGACGGCUGACUUACAGAAUCUGUCCAAUCAGGUUCCUCAGUGGAGAGACGUGCACCUGUGACCUCUGACCCCUCACAUGUACUUUCUCUAAUAAACUCAGUUUGUGGUGGAAACUGUUCUGUUCUUUAAAUGUUGAUUAGAACCAAGCUGUCGUCAUAGCAGCAGGUCACGAACCCUGUGGAGCGACACGUGGACGACAUCGAUCUCGUGAAUACGUCGACUCCCGAACGUCUUAUUGAAGUCUGCUGCACAGUCAGGGCAUGCAGUUACCUGAAGAGCAAGCUGAAGUGAAGAAAUCCCCCACAGCCGUCUAGCCUUAGUCACCUAUAGUCCGGCGCGGAGCCAGAAGCCGCAGGACUCAGAUCAGUUUGAGAUUGUGACCGAGUUUCUAUUUUAACCUGCGCACCUUUUUGUUGUAAACCCUGGCAGCGCACGGUAGAGUUCACUUCACUGAACCAGAGGAACUGAGAGGAAAGCUAGAGCUGUUCAGUUGCUCAUUUUUGUUGAGAUUGUUUAUUUUUGUAAUGUAGUUAUAUUUUAAUAAAUUGAGAAACUCAAAGUUAAAAACCCUUUUUGAAAAACCUUUAUUUAUUAAAGAAAAUCUUAUUUGACUUGAAAUGAGGAAAUAAGAUUUAAUUUAUUAUAAGAGUGCACUUCACUUCACUGUGAAAGUUAAAAAUAAGCUUGUGUUGGAUGCCCAUUGCUUUGCUGUAAACUUUUCAUAACUUUUCAUUGCUUUUUAAUAAAUACUUGAUUGAACCAUU